AUGGAACACUCGUAUAAGCCUGUGGAGUUAACGACGGACACUAUCCCACUCACUAAAGAACAUUACACAAGAGGUCUCGAUCUUUUGGUUGAAGGGAAAGCUGCAUUAAUAACACUUGCAGGAGGCCAAGGAAGUCGACUUGGAUUUGAACAUCCAAAAGGGAUGUUUGUCAUCCCUCUUAAAAAUCCAAUUUCUCUGUUUGGUGUUAUUGCUGCGCGACUUCUGUGUCUUCAGAAACUUGCGAAUGCACAUGCGAAUAUUACAACAACAAAAUUGCACUGGUUUUUGAUGACAAAUGAAGAAACAACAGAGGAAAUCAAAACAUUCUUUAAAGAUCACAACUUCUUUGGAUUGUGCGAAAAUCAAAUCCAUUUCUUCCCUCAAGGUAUGCUUCCUGUCACUGAUUUCAACGGUAAAACAUUAUACAGAGCACCAAAUGAGCCGUUUAUGGCACCAAAUGGACAUGGUGGCUUAUAUAAAGCACUGGAAGACAGUGGUAAUCUUGACUUUAUGGAGAAGAGUGGCAUUAAGUACACUGUUGUUCAAAACGUCGAUAACUUUUUGGGUAAAUCGUUAGACCCCUUUUUUAUUGGAUACAUAGACAUUCUGAAAGCGGACAUUUGCAUCAAAUCUGUCAAGAAAAGUUUCAAAGAAGAGAAGAUGGGAAUGUUUGUGGAAGAAAAUGGGAAGAUUAAAUGCGUUGAAUACUCGGAACUACCAGAAGAGUUGAAUGGAUAUAACGAAAAGGGGGAGUUCAUAUUUUCGAAUGGACACAUCUCACUUAAUUGUUACACUGUUGAUUACUUAAGAAAGGCCGCACACACACAAUUGCCAUUCCAUAUAGCAAAGAAGAAAGUAGGGUAUAUCGAUGAAACUGGAAAACACAUUGAACCGAAGAAGGAGAAUGCAAUUAAAAGUGAAAUGUUCUUCUUUGACGCAUUUUAUUUGGCUGAAAAAAUCAUAUUACUUGGAAUUCAGAGAGAAGAGGAGUUCGCCGCAGUUAAGUAUGGGAUGGAUGAAAAACUUGAAAACGUCGAGACUGCGAUCAGCGACUAUUACAAACACAACGUGAAGUAUUUGAGAAAUGUUGGUGCUAUUGUAGACGAUUCUAAGAGUAAUAUAUGUGACAUCUCAUUCACUAGAACUUUCAAUGGUAAUAAUUUAGAAGAGUUUAAAGGAAAAACUAUUCAACUGCCAUUCUACUUGGAAUAA